AUGGAGGACACCACUUCCAUCCUUCCGAAGCUUAAGCGAAACUCGAAUGCCUAUGGCAUUGGAGCCCUGGCCAAGUCAUCCUUCUCAGGGAUCUCUAGAAGCAUGAAGGACCAUGUGACAAAGCCUACGGCCAUGGGGCAAGGCCGAGUGGCCCACAUGAUUGAGUGGCAGGGCUGGGGGAAGGCACCGACAAUUCAGCCACAGCACAGCCACGAGGCUGUGCGCAGGGAUACAGAUGCUUACUCCGACCUCAGCGAUGGCGAGAAGGAGGCUCGUUUCCUAGCAGGAGUCAUGGAACAGUUUGCUAUUUCUGAGGCUACACUUAUGGCCUGGUCUUCCAUGGAUGGUGAGGACAUGAGUGUGAAUUCGACCCAGGAGCCACUGGACUGCAACUACAGUGACAACUACCAGGAGCUGAUUGAGAGUCAAGAUGCACUAGCUCAAGCCCCCAUGGAUGGAUGGCCUCACUCCUAUGUGUCACAGGGCAUGUACUGUCUGGGGUCAUCAGAUGCCUGGGAAGCGAGUGAUCAGUCCCUCAUUGCAUCUCCAGCUACAGGAUCCUAUCUUGGCCCUGCAUUUGAUGACUCACAACCUAGCCUGCAUGACAUGGGACCUUCCCAACCUGCUUCAGGAUAUUCUGCUCAGGAGCCUCCGCCUUUCUUGGGGGUGGACACUGACUGGGCACCAGAGGUUGGUGGGGUGGACCUGGCCAGGGGAUCUGUAGAGGAAGAGAAGAGACCACUGGCUCCCGAGGAGGAAGAGGAUGCAGGAUGCCGGGACCUGGAGUCACUUUCUCCACGAGAAGACCCGGAGAUGUCCACUGCUCUUAGCCGGAAGGUGUCUGAUGUCACGUCCUCAGGUGUGCAGUCCUUUGAUGAGGAGGAGGGGGAUGCCAACAACUAGCUUCUUCCCGCCCCACUCUGACCUGAGGGGCAUGGCUGCAACCCAUACCCUCCCAAGCUCCAGCAGCACAGAUGAAACCCGGGCAGAAGACAGCAGGGAACUGGGAGCUUCCAGCCUUCACCAGCCCGCUAGCAGCCCUGGAAAGGGAAGGACCAGCAGGGGGUUUUAUCUAGGCUUAUACUCCAGAGACCAUCAUUCCAGGAACUGAGACCCAGGCAGUUAGGUGGCUGUGAACCUGGCAUGGUGGUGGGAGAUGAGCCAUCGCUAUGGUUCUGGGGUCCAUGCCCAGGUGCGCCGUGUUGAACACUGAAUCUCAGUUCUUACACCCCUGAUUCCGUCUUCCAGGAGCCUUGGCUGUGCUGUCUGAAUGCCUCCUUUCUCCAUUUCACUCCUGCUUUUCUGAUUCUGUUUUCUCUGGCUAUGGCAUCAGUGCAUCCCCACUGUGGGAAAGCAGGCCUCAGGGGCUGUUGAACAUGGCUUGGCGGUGACAGGAGAGUGGGCUGAACGGCCGGCCCUUCUGUGUUUAGCAUGGACACUGUGCCCAAUUCAGGCAAUCUUUGGCUUCUGGGAUCAGGAGCCAAGGACGAGAUGGACGUAGCAGCUGGGAUUGACAGAGGUCACACAGUAUGAUUCUUUAUCCCAAAGCCCACUCAGAAACAGGAGGGUCACCAAUGAGACAAAGAAUAAACACAGCCACUUGAAUGUCCUGUGGCUGGAAGGAGGACCUUUAGGAUACGGAAGAAGGCCCAGUAGGGUUGGUUACUCCAAUUCUGGCUUCCCUUUAUACCUUCUUCCACUUGGAGCCCAGACCCAAGGAGGGUGAGCGGGCACUAGUCUCAGAUUGUUGACCUAAGGAUGCAUUGUCCCCGUCAGUGAGGGUACCGUGAGGGCUGGGCCUCCCUCUACCUUCCCCUAAUUCUCUGGAGCUGUUUACACUUUUCUCUUUGCCUUUUCUACAUUUUUAUAACUUCUUGGGGACUCAGGGUUGAGCAGAGUGGAGUGGGGAGUCUGGUGCUGUCACUGCCUUGGCUGGGCUGGGCUGAUGGCUGAGGGCCAGGGUGGACACUGGCUGCUUCUGCGUUCCUGUCAGCUGUUCCCAGUGCUCCUCCGCCCAUUGUUCCUUACAGGACUGGUUGUGGUGAGACAUAAGCUUGCCCUCCCACACCUCCCCUGCCAUUUGGAGUGGACCAUGAGGCCAGGGAACAGCAGCAAGUCAGUGCAGUAUUGCUAUGAGGGUGCUGGAGCAGCUGCAGCCUCAAUCCGGCCCUUGGCUUAAACAGUUUCGAUAGGAGAUGUCCAAGCUUGUCAGCCCAUUUUUCUUCUUCCUCCUGUCUGUCCCUGGCUCCAGUUCCAAGGCUUUGUGUCCCACUCUAACUGUCAGGGGUCCUACUCCCUCACCCACAGGAACGACGAGGCUCAGAGCUGGAGUGAUUCUGUUCAUCCGUGACUCUGUCCUGCACCACAUUCAUACACUGACGUGUAACCAGAGUCGGUGUCCCACAUCCUCCAGGGGAGGGGGAAGCAUGGGAUCCUGGGGUCCGUUCAUGUAGGAAACAUGGGAGUAGACCUGGAGAGCCAAGAGAGGCAAACAGUCACGUAGCUCAUCUAACGCUGCCUGAAUGGGAGAGGAUACCUCGUGUAUGCCAGUGUGUUGUGAUUUAGCCUAUCAGGACCUCAUUUCUAGGACUAGGAAGGGCUAGCCUGCCAACCCUGGCAACUGCCCCUAACCCCUGGUCUCCUGUCCUAGCUCCCUGGGAAUUUGCAUGUUCAAGCUAAACUACUCCCAGGGUCUCUCUGCCUUGUCUAGCCUGCUCUAUCAACACGUUUGUCUCAUCUCAGUGCCCCCGCAGUCUUCCCCGAGGUGACGGUGGACAUCGAGUCCAGUGAGCGGGUUUGUUCACGUGGACCCCCUUUUGCUCAGGGCCCUGGAGAGUCAGGAAGACUAAAGUAAAA